AUGACCAUCAUUACUUAUUUAAGAUCACUACAUCAGGAGGCAACCUCGCCACCAACAACGAAUUGGCUCCUUGGGCACAAAGGUGCUAUGUUAUUACUGUACACCUUGGGCUUUUAUGCCUCCCUCAGCCUGGUUGCCCCUCAGGGCAACUUCCCCAGGCUCGAGAACAUAGGGGCACAUAAAUCCGUCAGCACCACGCCAGCGAGGGCCACAUGCGGGAUUCCCGAAAGGAGUACUUUCUGUCAAGCUGGCCAGGUUCAGGAAGAUCUCCUCACCUGCAUCCAGAAGUUCUGCAUCCAAGAGUGUCCUCACAGGUCUUCUACGCCCGAAUACAUGGACGUUCUCACCGCAAGCGUGGCCACGUGCUGGAAGGGCGAUGCACGGGACCUUAGGCCAGGCGCAGAAGCCAAUUCCAGCAGCUUCGUCUUUCCCACUUCAAGAGGUUGUCCGGCUUCCCCUUCGACUCUAGGCUACGGCCCAGCGAGCUCAUUUACUUUAACGGUGUGGCUGAAACUCGAGCAAGACACUGUAAUGACUUUAAUAGAAAAGAGCACCGUGGAGAGACUGGUGCUGCUGGUGACAGUCUCUUUGAAAGAUAUUCAGAUCCACUACGGUAUGCAGAGCAUAAGCAUGAAGACUGCAGGUCACAUUAGCAUAGGCCACUGGACACACUUGGCUCUACAGAUACAUGAAAAAAGUGUGAGUUUGUUCUUAAAUGGUCAAGAGGAGGAUGGCACAGCUUUGGACACACAAACCCUGGCAGGACUAGCUGAUGACAUCACAUCAGUUGGUGCUGUGUGGAUCGGCAAGAGUUCUAACGGGUCAAAUCAAUUCAUUGGAAGGAUGCAGGAUUUUAGAUUUUAUCCGAAGACAUUAACCAACAGAGAGAUUGAAGAAGUGUUCACUGGACAAUUUCCUCACCUUCACUCCCAGUCGACAUGUCUCUGCCCCACCAGCCAUCCCAGAGUGCACCCCUUAGUGGAGAGGUACUGCAUCCCCAACGCAGCCAAUGACACCACCCAUAACAAAGUGCUUCGGCUGAACCAGGACGCCCACCCAUUGCAUUACAUCAAUGACAAUGACAUCGGAACCACCUGGAUAUCCUCCAUUUUUCCCUCUAUAGAGCUACUGGACAAAGGAAUAACCAUCACUAUAGAUUUGGAGAACGGCCAAUACCAGGUUUUCUAUGUGAUACUCCAAUUCCUCAAUGCUCAGCCCGAAGCGGUCCGCAUUCAAAGGAAGACAGUUGGGAGCUCAGAAUGGAAAGACUGGCAGUUUCUGGCCAAGAACUGCAGCUACUUUGGCAUGGAGGAUAACGGGGCUUUGGAUCGUCCUGAUUCUGUAAACUGUCUACAGUUGCCCAGUGACAUUCCUUACUCCCGUGGAAAUAUCACCUUCAGCAUGCUAACACCUGAGCCGAACUUACGCCCGGGAUACAACGACUUCUACAACAGCGCUGACCUGCAGGAGUUUGUUAGAGCCACACAUGUUAGAAUCCAGCUUCACGGCCAGUACCACACUCAAGAUGCCAUGGUUCCUUUCCGCCAUCGCUACUACGCAGUGGAUGAGAUCACCAUCAGUGGCAGGUGUGAGUGCCAUGGACAUGCAGACAGCUGUGACACGAGUGUGAGUCCAUACCGCUGCGCCUGCCUCCCAGAGAGCCACACACAUGGAGCUAAUUGUGAGCGAUGCACUCCUCUCUUUAAUGAUAAGCCCUUCAGGCCUGGAGAUCAGGUUCAGGCAUUUAACUGCAGGCCCUGCCAGUGUUAUGGCCACGCGUCCUCCUGCCACUACAACGCCAGCCUAGACCCUCACCCUGGAGAGCACUUCAGAGGAGGCGGAGGAGUGUGCGACGACUGUACUCAUAACACCACAGGCAGGAACUGUGAGCGCUGUCGGAGUCUCUUCUACAGGGAAGUGGGUGCAUUUUUGUGGGCCACGGAUGUUUGUGAAGCAUGUGAGUGCCACAGCGCCGGGACCAUCAAUGCCAGUUUACAUUGUGAGCCGAUCGGGGGCCAGUGUAAGUGCAAGCGACAUGUGUCUGGCAGACAGUGCAAUCAGUGCCAACACGGAUUCUACAAGCUGCAGUCGGCGCUGGCUGACGGCUGCCGUGCCUGUAACUGCAAUACCGCCGGGACUGUGCAGCCAGAUAUUACCUGUCACCAGGACUCAGGUCAAUGCCAGUGCAAGGCAAACGUAAUCGGUCUAACAUGUGACCGUUGCAACUUUGGCUUCAAAUUCCUUAAUCACACAAAUCCCGAUGGUUGCAUUCCCUGUGGCUGUGACCCAUGGGGUUCUCUGCACCAGUUCUGUAAUCCCUUCACCGGACAGUGUGAGUGCAAAGCUGGUGUGCGGGGCCUCCUCUGUGACACUUGCAUCCCUCACUUCUACAGUCAGAACAGCAGUGGAGUCUGCCUGCCCUGUGACUGCAGUCUGAACGGAUCUGUUCCUGGUACCUCCUGUGAUGCUGUAACGGGACAAUGUAAGUGCAAACCUCACACAGAGGGCCGGCGGUGUGAUGUGUGCCGAGAUGGAUACCACAGUCUGGACCGCAGCAACUCUUUGGGCUGUUUGCCUUGUCAGUGUGAACUCAGAGGCACGGUGAAUGGCUCAGGUGUGUGUGACAAGACCACGGGCCAAUGCCUGUGUAAAAACAAUGUAGAAAGCCUAAGGUGCAAUCGAUGCUCUGCUCACACCUACAACCUGAAUUCUGCCAACACUACACAUGGAUGUCAACCAUGUCACUGCGACCACAUAGGCACCGUGCCUGCAACUGUGUGCGACCCUGUUAGCGGUCAGUGUGUCUGCCUGCCCACACGCUACGGACGGAACUGUGGAACCUGUAAACCAGGUUUCUUCCUGUCCGAGGCGGGGCUGAGCGAGUGUGAAGUGUGUGAAUGUCACUCGGUCGGAGCGAUGGGGCAGGUGUGUGCUGCCCACUCAGGGCAGUGUGUGUGUGCUCACCCAUCACUGACCGGUCACAGAUGCGACCAGUGCCAGGAUCUCUUCUUUGGCUUUAAUCCAAGUGUUGGCAGGUGUGAGCCGUGUGGCUGUGAUCCUGUGGGGGGAUUCAACGGCACGUGCCACCCCCAGACAGGGCAGUGCUUGUGCAAGCCGUUUGUGACUGGGGAUAAAUGUGAUGCCUGUGUGGAGGGCGCCAGUUUCAUGGAUCCAAACAACUACCUGGGCUGCAGCAAAGAUCCGCAACAGCAGCCUCCUCCUCUUGGCCGGGUUUUGAACUCCACCACCAUAGAGCUGAGCUGGAGAGCUCCUGAUUCCCCCAACAGCAACGCAUUGAUAUACACACUGCUCAGAGACACACAGAUUAUCCACGUCAGCCACAGUCAGCAUCCGUUUGGAACUAUGUAUUUCACAGACACAGAUUUAUCUCCCUACACCUCAUACACUUACCAGCUCAUCACCAGUAAUAUUCGCUCUAACACCAGCAGCUCCAUGGUCACCUUACGUACCCUGUCUGCUGUACCCGAGCAAGAGGAGCUCCAGUUAACCCUCAUGGGUCGAGCCAAGCCCACCAGUGCCUCUUUUAACUGGACAGAGCCCUUAAACAGCACUGGUCCAAUGGACAAUUACACCCUGAGCUCCAUACAGGAUCUGAGCGGAGAAAAGAGAAUCCACUACACUGGUCUUCAGACAGAGGCCACCGCUAAGGAGCUACAACCUUUCACUCGAUACAACUUCAGUCUGAAAGCUUGUACUGAUGGAGGCUGUGCUCGCAGUGAGAGUCUGGUCGUGCUGACUGCUCAGAUACCUCCAGAGCAGCAGCCAGCACCCAAAAUCACAACCUUAGGCUCCUCUCAACUCAAGGUGGACUGGGAACCGCCAGUUUUACCAAAUGGUAUAAUUAUCAGGUAUGAGCUCUUUAUGCAGCUGCUGAAUGAGUUGCAGAGAAACGCCAGCAGUUAUGAUAUGGAGCAAAGGGUUUUCCUCAGUAGCGGCUGGCUGAACCCACGGCCGUCGUUGAGUUCAGCCAAUGAAAACGCUCUUACUCCACCUGAGAGCAGUGUGGUGGUGUCCAAUCUGCAACCAUUUUCCACUUACCGCUUCAGAGUGCUCACUGUGAACAUGGCCGGCAGUGUCCUGUCUGACUGGGCUGUGGGACGAACUGCAGAAGGAGUGCCAGAGUACAUGGCCCCUCCUCAAGUGUCCGCUGUGUCCUCGUCCUCCCUCAGAGUGAGCUGGGAGACGCCACGGGACAAAGACGUCAGGGGCGAAGUGACUGAGUAUAGAGUCAACCUUCACCAAGAACAAAUGUCCAACCCAUACGCUCCACCUAUAGUAACACAGGUACUUUACAGUGGAUCAGCACAGGAGCGGAGCUACACUGCGGGAGGACUGAAGGCCUAUGAGGAGUACAGUUUCACCGUGACUGUCUGCAACAGACAGGGCUGUGUGAGCAGUUCACCUGCGUCAGCACGAACUCUGCCCUCAGCCCCGGCAGGUCUGAGGGCCCCUGGAUUAAGGCCGUUGAAUAUGACUGCGAUGAAUGUUUUCUGGGAUGCCCCAGCUGAGCUCAACGGGCCUCCGCCUCUGUAUCAUGUGGAGAGGACGGAUGUGUCUUUGUCUGAUGCCCAGGGUCAGGUUAUAAGAGGGAGACGCUUCACAGGGAGUGGCUACUUCAGGUUUCCCAGCGCUACUCUGCCUGUCAAUGCUGACUUUACAGGCUUGCGGCUGAGUUUCCGGACACGCGCUGAGGAGGGGCUUCUGCUGUUUGCAGUUUCCCCUAGAGAACAGGAGGAGUAUGUCGCUCUGCAAAUACACAACGGCCGCCCGUACUUCCUCUUCGACCCUCAGGCCUCAGCCGUGGCCCUCAGCCCUCGCAACGAUGGAGGUAGACGCUAUAAUGACAACCAGUGGCACCAUCUGAUCGCUACCAGGAAGCAGGCCGUGGGAACAAUCAUUGUGGACAAUCAAUACAGUGGAUCGGCAUCAGCUACAAGUGGGAGCACCAUCAUCGGGCAGAACACUGGCGUCUUUAUAGGAGGGAUUCCAGAGAAUUUCACCAUUCUGAGACAAGACGCUGGACAAGCAAAGCUGGUGCAACAGGGGUUUGCUGGGUGCUUGAGGGACGUCAUGGUUCAGAAAUCCAGUGGCACUAAUGAAGCUUGGGAACCUCUGGACUGGGAGUCUGCACUAGAAACGCAUGAGACGUAUGAAAGCUGGGAGGGCUGUCCUGCUGUUUCUGAAAAUGGAGCGUACUUCCUUGGACAUGGGUUUUUGAAGGUCAAGCCGGAAAUACUCACUGGUGGCAAUUAUUUUGAAUUAUCAUUUGAGUUCAAAACCGAUCAGCUAAAUGCUCUUCUGUUGUUUGCCUAUGAUAUAGAUGGGAAAGACUUCAUUUUGGCCGAGCUGCAGGGUGGAGUUCUCUUCUGGGUGUUGCGCUGGGGUGAACAGACGGUGGAGUUGAGUGUAUGGGUGGGUCUGUCCUACUGCGACGGGGGCUGGAACACUUUGAGUGUCCUGAAGAGGGGACAUUUAGUGAGCGCUGGCCUUAAUGACAUGUAUGAACAGGAGAGGAAGGCCACGGGCGGCCCUCUCAUCAUCAGCUCUCCACUUUAUAUUGGGGGCGUCCCACCUGGAGUAACACACCCUGCUCUGAACAAACACAGCCUUUUGCAUGGUUUUGGCGGCUGCAUCAGGGAUGUUAGAUUGGCGCGCGGGCCUGUCGUGAGCUUGGCGGCCGUGUCCAGCAGUGCUGUCAGAGUCAAUCUGGAUGGAUGCCUGUCAGCUGACACCAGCGUUAACUGCAGGGGAAACGACUCCAUUCUGGUGUACACGGGCAGAGACAGGAGCACAGAGGACCUGACACUGCAGCCCUUCACGGAGUAUUUGUACAGAGUGAUGGCGUCUGGAGAAGGAGGUUGGAUUGGUGGGCCAUGGCAGCGUGGGCGGAGCAGAGAGACAGUUCCACAAAGUGUGCUGCCUCCCUCCAGAGUUGGCAGUGUAAAUGGUUCGAGCGUGGAGGUGAGCUGGGAGGAGCCGGCUGAGGUCAGAGGUGUAAUUGAGAAGUACGUACUGAAAGCGUACAGCCGGGACCGUCCCUCCUCGUCCCCCAUCAGUGCCACCUUCCCCCACUCUCAGCACCUGACAGGCACUUUAAGUGGCUUGGCUCCUUUUAGCAGCUACAGUAUUACCCUAACGGCGUGCACUCAGACCGGGUGCAGCGAGAGCCCAUUCGCCACCGGUUUCAACACUCCACAAGAGGCUCCUGAAGAGGUCCCACCACCUGCUGCUGUCUCCUACCCCAACUCUCUGUCUGUCCACUGGAACCAUCCACCAAAACCCAAUGGCAUCAUCACCCAAUACAUCCUUUACAAAAACAAUACUGUCCUGUACAGAGGCAACAGCACCGGCUUUAAUAUCACAGAUGUUGGUGUGUUUACUCCCCAUAAGUUGCUGUUGAGUGCCUGUACUGAGGCAGGAUGUACCAACAGUACCCAGGUUACCCUGUUUACAGGCCAGUUGCCUCCUACUUAUGUAGAACCCCCCAUCCUGACCGUAUUGGAUGCUCGCAAUAUCCACAUACAGUGGGCUGCUCCAGUGGAGGUGAACGGCCUGCUGGAGUUCUACACGCUGCACCAGUGGGCUUUGGGAGAAGAGCCGCUCAUCGUCUAUAACAGCUCUGAGCUUUUCCAGGAUUAUACAGUGCGGAACCUCGUCCCUGGAUCCACGUACCUAUUUCAGAUAGCAGCGUGCACAGGCGGCGGCUGCACCCUCAGUGACCCCAGCACAGCCCGCACCGAGGAGAGCUCACCGGAGGAAGUGCCUGCCCCAAACAUCCUGUCCCUCUCUCCACAUUCCCUCCACCUGUCCUGGACCCCCCCGCGCAAACCCAACGGUGUGAUUAGCAGCUAUGGUCUUUGGAUGGAUGGCACGCUGGUGCAGAAUUCGUCCCUGAUGGCUUCGGAGGUGGGCGAUCUGUCCCCGUGGAGCCUGCACAGUUUCCGCGUUCAGGCCUGCACGGCUCAGGGCUGCGCUCUGGGGCCCCUGGUGGAAAGCAGGACUUUAGAGAUGCCCCCCAUUGGUCAUGUGACCCUUGUUGUCUUCAGCGAAACGCCACAUUCAGUACGAGCCAAGUGGGAGGCCCCCGCUGAACCCAACGGCAAUCUAACCUACACAGUCCUCUUCACAGGGCCAGGUCAGAACUUCAGCAGUCUGGACACACCGGACACCGAUACGAGAGAGCUGCUCAGCACUGGUAAAGAGGGCCAGUGGGUGUCCAUAGGAGGACUACUGCCGUAUUCUAAUUACAGUGUGAUGGUGAAGGCCUGCAACAGCCUGGGCUGUGUGGAAAGCUCUUCCGUCAGCGUCUCUCUCCCACCAGGAGCUCCAGAUGGUUUUCUGGCCCCCAGGCUGGCAGCUGCCACCCCCACCUCGCUGCAGGUGUCCUGGGCUGCUCCGGCCCGACACAACGCUCCCGGAGCUCUGCGUUACCGGCUCCAGAUGAGGAGUUCUGCAUCCACACAGCUCAACCAGUUAAUGGACGAUGAGACGACCACCUUCAGCCACACAGUGAAGGAUCUGGAACCUUUUACCGAGUAUCACUUCAGACUGCUGGUGUCUAACAGCUAUGGAGAAACCAGCAGCCCCUGGGUCUCUAUGUUUACUGCACAAGACAGGCCUGGAGCAGUUGACCCACCAGUCCUCUCUGACAUCCAUUCCAGAAGUGCUUUUAUUUCCUGGUCUCCUCCAUCUCAGCCCAAUGGCAUCAUCACCCAUUACAAUCUCUACCAAAACCAGCAGCUAAUUACCAGUGUACCAGGAAACAGUACCAGCCACAUGCUUUCUCAUCUAACACCGUAUGAGCUGUACACAAUCCAGGUGGAGGCCUGCACCGCUGCCGGCUGCACACUUUCAGCUGAGUCCCACACCAUACACACCCCUCCAGCGCCCCCAGAGGACGUUCCGGCCCCACACCUUUACUCCGACACCCCCACAUCAGUGCUGUUGUCUUGGGCCGCACCACGUCUUGUCAACGGGGAGCUGGACGGCUAUACAGUGGAGAGGAGAGUCAGCGGAACCCAGGAGAUCUCUACUGUGGCCACUUUACAACCCAAUCAGACUCUUACUUACCUGGACAGCUCCGCCACACUCAGCCCCUGGAGCUCAUAUGAGUACCGUAUUGUGGCACACACCAGGCUAGGGGGAUCCAAUAGCAGUGAGUGGGAGAAAGUGACCACCAGGCCUUCAAGACCCGCAGGCCUGCAGCCACCUGAUGUAGCGGUUUUAGGGCCUGAGUCAGUGCAGGUUACAUGGGCCGCUCCUCUCAUACCCAAUGGAGAAAUUGAGCGCUACGAGAUCCGAAUGCCUGAACCACGCAUUCCGCACACCAAUAUGUCUAUGCUCAGCCACACUGUAUCUGGGCUGAUGCCCUACGCCGGCUACAGCAUCACCAUCCUGGCUUGCUCUGGAGGUGGGGGUCACGUUGGAGGCUGCACUGAGAGCCUUCCAACGCCGGUUACUACAUUACCCACAAUCCCUCAAGGCCUGUCGCCCCUGUCGGUAGUUGCAAUCAGUGAGUCUUUCCUGGCUGUUUCUUGGCAGCUCCCAUCAAGGCCAAACGGGCCCAAUAUAAGAUUCGAGCUGUUGAGACGGAAAACCCAGCAGCCCCUGGCCUCCCGUCCCCCCGAAGAUUUCAAUCUGUGGUACAAUGUUUACGCAGGAACCAAAUUGUUUCAUGAAGAUAAAGGCCUUAGCAGGUACACCUGGUAUGAAUAUAAAGUUGUGGUUCACAAUGACGUUAGCUCCGCUUCAGGGGAAGUUGCCACAGGGGUCACACUGGCUGGUCAACCCCUUAAACCCACCAACAUAUCAGCCCACGCUCUCAAUCAUACAGCCAUCUUGGUCAACUGGUCCACUCCCACUCUGCAAGAUUUGCAGGGAGGUGUGGAGGUCUACAUCCUGACGGUGUUGUCUGACCAGCACAGCCAGACUCUUACUCUUGACCCCGCUGUGACCUCUGUGUUCAUCCCUGACCUGCAGCCCAGCACUCAGUACAAGCUCUCACUCACUGUGUCCAACGGCCCUCACAACAUCACCAGCCCUGAGGUCAACUGCACGACUACUGACGGAGAACCUGAGGGUGUUUUUCCUCCAGAGGUGUUGACCCUGAACAGUACAGCAGUGAGGGUGAUGUGGGCGCCUCCUCUUCUUCCCAACGGAGUAGUCGUUCAGUACUCCAUCUAUCUGGACGGCCGGCUCUAUGGCUUCACUGGCAAUGAGUCCGGUUCUCAGGAAGUGGGAGGACUGUUGCCGUUCACUGUGCACAGCAUUCAGGUCGAGGUGUGCACUGUGUACGCGUGUGUGAAGAGUAACAGCACUCAGGUGACCACAGUAGAGGACACUCCGGCUGAAAUCUCCACACCUCACAUUCAGGUGCUCAGCUCCAGAUCAGUUAAACUAGAAUGGACAUCACCUGGUCGGCCCAAUGGCAUUUUAGGAGGGUAUGACGUGUGGCGGAGGACUCUGAAGCAGUGUGAGGAUCUGCAGACCCAGCAGACAUUUGCUCCUCAGAGUCGCUGCUCAUACCUAGAGUGUCCUGCUGAACAAGACUUCUGCGGAAAGACUUGUUAUAAUCCUGAGAUGCAGGUUUGCUGCUCAGGGACCGUUCACAACUUAAUUCAGUCUCAUCAGUGCUGUGAAGAGCACUAUAUUCCUGCUUCAGAAGAUUCUGGAGUGUGUUGUGGAGGUCAGUUUGUCCAGCCUCUGUCGCAACACCAGUGCUGUGGUGGAUAUCACGUACUUGUUUCACCAGGAGAGGUCUGUUGUCUAGACCCUGUGGAGCAGCGUGUAUCAGUGGGUCUCGGGGACGCAUGUUGUGGUGGGCGUCCUUUUGUUUCUGGAGUGGGACAGAUCUGCUGUGGGGGGCGUCUGUACGAUGGCUUCAAGUCCCAGUGCUGUGGCGGACAGCUAGUCCCUAGAGAGACAGAGUGUUGUGGGGAUGAAGAAGAAGGGAUGUCCUAUGAACAUGUGUCAGGAUACAGCUGCUGCGGUGAGCACUACAUCAACACAUCUACUUCCUUGUGCUGCAACGGUCCCGGCGGCGAGUCUAAAGUCCACGUGGUGGAGAACCGGACGGCAUCGCUGAAGUGCUGCUGGUCAGAAGUGAUUGAUCAGGAGGAGCAGUGCUGUAAUGGAGUGGGCUUCAGUCCGCUCACAUCUGUGUGUGCUGACAGAGCCCCGGCCGGCAUCCUUAUCCCGGAGAAGUGUCGUCCCAGUACGGUGUGUCCUGUGUCGGUGGCUGCAGGAUCAUUCUGCGGCUUGUGUGAUUUUAGCCCGGCACAGUCCAUCUGUACAUGGGUACCAGGCGGGCAGUUCCCCGAACACACUCCAUCUUCCUCUGCUGCUGCUGAAGCUCCGUCUGUUGUCGCUCACAGUCAGCUCUGCCCAUCCUCAGAGGAGCUCAUAUACAGUGGAGUGGCAAACCGACACACUUUCACAGACACUGAACUGGAGCCGUACAGCAGAUAUGAGUAUAGGGUUGGUGUGUGGAACAGUUUUGGCCGUGGGUUCAGUGACUGGACUAUUGUCAGGACAGAUGAAGAUGUGCCCUACAGUGUGUCUCCUCUGAACUGGAGUCACGUGGGUCUGCGUGAUGACAUCAUCCAGCUGGAGUGGUCUGCCCCAAACAAACCCAAUGGUGAGAUAAGUCACUAUGUGAUCCUGCGUGAUGGACAGGAGCGCUACAGAGGCUCUGGUCACAGCUUCACAGAUGCAGGAGGAAUUCAGCCUUUUCAGGAGUACAAUUACCAGCUCAGAGCCUGUACUUCAGCUGGCUGCACAGACAGCGCAAAAGUUGUGGCAGUGACUGUCCAGGGUGAGCCAGAGGGAAUCGGCGCUCCUGUGGUGAGAGCGUUGGGGCCCGGGACCCUGCGAGUCAGCUGGGAACCUCCGGGUAAAGCCAAUGGUGUCAUCAGGGAAUAUCGCAUCAAUCAGACUGGUGUUGGAGUCAUACAUACACAUACGGAGGGCGAGAUGGCUUACAAUGUCACAGGUCUGCAGCCUCACACCAACUACAGCUUCAUUGUGACUGCAUGCACUGCAGCAGGAUGCGGAGCGAGUCAGCCAUCUAUGGGUCACACACUGGAAGACGCACCUGCAGGCGUGUGGUCAAUGCCCAGACACAUUCAGCUGAACUCCUCCGCAGUGGAGCUUCACUGGAGUGACCCCCUCAAACUCAACGGCCUGCUUUCUGGCUACCGGCUGCUGCGGGACGGAGAGCUCGUCUUCACCGCCGACGGAGGAAAGAUGAGCUACACAGACGCUGGCCUGAAGCCCAACACCAGAUAUGUGUACGAGUUGGAGGCCACCACCGGCGGCGGGAGCAGUCGCAGUGAUAGAUACGUCAUUCAGACCCCCAUCUCCUCACCGGAAAGGAUUCCUCCUCCGUAUAAUGUCAGCCUCCAUGGCCCUCGCUCCGUCUUUGUAGCCUGGUCACCCCCAGGUGUGUAUAAUUUAAGUUCCCCUUUGGAAUAUAACAUCCUGCUCAAUGCAGGCACUGAGCGGCCACUCAUUCGUUCUGCUGGACCAGAGCAAUUCAUGCUACUGCAAGGACUGGACCCCUAUACCAUCUACCACGUCCAAGUACAAGCUUGUCAGCCAGAUGGUUGUGGUGUAGGAGAGGGGGUGACUGUUCGGACCCCAGAGGCUGCUCCAAUAGCUCAGGACCCUCCAGUUACUACUGCAACAGGUGCAGCUGUUAUCGAGGUCCGCUGGAGUCCACCGCACAAACCCAAUGGCAUCAUCACUAACUACUUCAUAUACAGACGACCAGCUGGAACUCAAGAGGAGCUGCUGGUGUUCAUCUGGACUGAAGGUCCUCUGGAGUUCAUCGAUGCCUCAGACUCUCUUCAUCCAUUCAGUGAAUAUGAAUACAGAGUCGCAGCUAUAAACUCUAAAGGCUCUGCCUCCAGCUCAUGGUCCUCCAUCCGAACUCUAGAGGCAGAACCACAGGGCAUGAAUGCCCCCUCAGCCCAUCCCACCAGUGCCUACUCUCUUCUGCUGAGCUGGACUCAGCCGGACGCCCCAAACGGCGUGAUCCUCGUGUACAAAGUGGUCUACCAGAAACCACCCAGCGAUCCAACAUUCAACUCUACAACUGUUACUGCUCUUACAGUUCUGGGUAACAUUUUUCAGGCUUAUGUGUUUGGAUUAGAGCCUUACACCAUGUAUAAUAUUCGUGUGGAGGCAGUAAACGGAGCAGGUCAGGUAUCUAGUCCCUGGACCACCAUUCAAACCCUCGAAGCCUCUCCAAGUGGCCUGGCCAACUUCAGCGUAGAGAGGAGGGAACAUGGCCGAGCUCUGCUGUUGCAGUGGGCAGAACCUGCAUCUCCCAAUGGAGUCAUCAAAAUGUACAACAUCUUCAAUGAGGAAAACUUGGAGUUCAGCGGCCUCGCACGCCAGUUCCUCUUCCGCCGCCUGGAGCCCUACACAAUGUACACACUCGUUUUGGAAGCUUGCACUGAAGCGGGCUGCACCAGAUCUGCACCUCAACAGGUCACCACAGAAGAAGCCGUCCCAUCAUCACAACCGGCCCCUACAGUCCAGCAGGUACAUUCCCGCAAUGUGGAGCUCUUCUGGUCCCCACCUGCACAGCCCAAUGGCAGGAUCCUGCAGUACCAGCUUCUGGCUGUACGUCUGGAGGACGGCAGGGUGCGCAGUGAUGAAGAUGAUGCCUCGAGAGCCAAGAUCGUCUUCAUCCAGAAUGACACCCAGGCUAACAGCUUCACCUAUAACAUGUCUGGCCUCUUGCCCUGGAGCAGGUACAAGUUUCGUGUGCGCGUCUCAAAUUCAGCAGGGUUUACUGAUAGUCCCUGGCUCACAGUUCAAACCAAACAAGCUCCUCCAAGAGGACUGGCUCCUCCGGCUGUCAGUCACAUAGAGGGCAAGCCUAAUGAAGUAUUCAUAGCUUGGACGCCUCCAUUGGAGCCCAAUGGGGUUCUUCUGACCUACAGGAUUCAGAGGGACAACGUGGGCUUCCAUUUCAGCUUUGAUUCGAGCGUGUUCAACUACACAGAUGUUGAUUUAAGCUCAUACACUCUCUACAGUUAUGCAGUCAUCGCCUGCACUGUGGCAGGAUGUGUUACUAGUGGUCCGACACAAAUCAGGACACUAGAAGGUGCCCCUGCAACUGUGGAGUCUCCGAUAUUGUCUGGUGUUACAUCCUAUUCACUCAAUGUGUCUUGGACUGUUCCAUCCUUCCAGAAUGGGGAGAUUGUGGUGUAUAUUCUCAAAGUUAACAAUGUCGAGGUCUACCGUGGAAAGCGGUUAAGCGUUCAGGUUUUGGAUCUUCAGCCUCAUGUUUCCUACAGCAUCGUCUUGACAGCCUGCACCAAUGGGGGCUGCACUUCCAGUUCACCCAUUCUAAUCCAGACCAGAGAAGCUCCACCAUCAGGGAUGCCCGCUCCUACUCUUAAAGUCACAGGUCCUGAAUCAGUGGAGGUCACAUGGAGAGAGCCUGUCCAUCCCAAUGGAGUGAUAAUGGGAUACGAGCUCCGUCGAAACGGGAGCCUCAUAUACACUGGUACUGACACCCGUUAUCAUGACUUCACCUUGCUGCCCAGCGUGGAGUACAGCUACACCAUCACUGCCAAUAACAGUGAGGGCGCCACUACCAGUCCUCAAGCGGUGGCCCGCACUCAGCCGUCAGCGCCCUCUGGUGUUGCUCCACCCAAAUUACAGGCUCUGGGGCCAUUCAGUGUUAUGGUGCAGUGGGACCCUCCUGCAAGACCUAAUGGGGUCAUCAUCAGUUAUUCGCUUUACAAGCGGGACCCAGCUGAGACCAAUGUGAAACGUUUUGUUUUUGCGUCACACCACAGUGCCUUCCAGAGCCAGAGUUUCUCUCUCAACAUGCUAAAGCCCUACUACAGAUAUGAGGUCAGAGUGGAGGCCUGUUCUCUGUUAGGCUGUGCUGCCAGUGACUGGUCUUCAAUACAGACGCUUGAAUCGCCCCCUGCUGGUCAACAUGCCCCAUUGCUGGAGCUGCAAACCAACCCUAAAGGCCUACAGACCGUCUUUCUGCUGUCCUGGUCUCCUCCAGCCGAACCCAAUGGGAAACUUCUGCACUAUGAGCUCUACAGAAAACACCUCUCAGACAUGGAGAGCAGAUCUGUAACGACACUGGUUUACAGCGACUCCUCAACCUCCUGCCAUGAUGACAAACUCCAGCCCUACACCGCCUAUGAAUACCAGGUGUGGGCUGUAAACUCAGCAGGUCGUGCAGGGAGUCCAUGGGUUCAGGGUCGCACGGGUCCAGCUCCUCCAGAGGGCAUCAGUUCACCUAAAUUCCUGCACAUAUAUGCCACCUCAGCUGUGGUGGAUAUCAGUCCACCAACAAAACCAAAUGGCAUCGUCAGUCUCUACAGAGUCUUUGCACAAAACAAAGACUCAUACCAGCUGCUGUCUGAGGGGACGUCCCACCAGCAGACUCUCCAUGGUCUCAGACCCUUCACAGUGUAUUCUGUAGGCGUAGAGGUCUGCACCUGUUUCCUGUGCUGUAGUCGAGGUCCCCUGAGUGAGCUCCGCACCCAGGCCUCUGCCCCGGCACAGCAGCCCCCACCACGACCCAUCGCCCUCACCUCCCGCUCAGCUCUGGUGGAGUGGGACAUGCCUCUUCAGCCCAAUGGCAUCAUUGAGAGUUGUGAGCUCCAGGUGCGAUUGUCCUGUCCUCAGCCGCCACAGCCUGUACCUGUACCCUGUGCAAUCAGUCCUGUGGAAAUCAAGUUCUUCGGGAUGGGGCAAAGUUUCAACAUCAGUGGCCUGCUGCCCUAUGCCAACUAUGAGUUUUGUGUGGUUUCAUACAAUAACAUGGGGAGCACUGCGUCUGACUGGCUCUCCAUCACUACACUCAAAGAACCUCCUCAGUAUAUGGAGGCAUUUGUGGUGCACAGUAACCUGACAUCAGUGUUUGUGGACUGGAGUGGCUCUUUUUCUCUGAACGGGCCUCUGACAGAAUACAGCCUAACCGAAAGCAGCCUGCGUGUCUACAGCGGCUUCCACAGCUCUCUGCACAUCCCACGCACCUCGGAUAAAACCUUUGCAUUCCAAGUGACCUGCACCACUGACAGCGGAAGCGCCAGCUCUCCUGUCAUUAAAUACAACACGGCCACUGGUAUAGAUGCUGUGGAGUCCAGUUCAGGAGGUAAAACAGGUCUGUAUGGCUCUGAGUACAAGUUCUACACGGAGCUGUGGUUCAUCAUUCUGAUGGCGCUGGUGGGGCUGCUGCUCCUGGCUCUGUUGAUGGGUCUGGUGCUAAAACGAGCUCUGAGCAAACCUCCCUUCAUCAGGGAGAGACCUCCAAUAAUGCCCCUGCAGAGGAGGAGCACCAAAUAUCCACCCAAAGACUCCUAUCUGAGAGCCUCCUCUGAGCUCUGCUCUAACCAUGCUUCUACUGCUCUGCUUCAGCCUGAUACACCCAUGGGUUUGACCGAUACUAAGAUCGGAGGCACGUGCACCAGUAAUCACAGCUAUCAGGCCAGCAUGUCUGUGCUGCGUGUGCCCAGUCAAAGCCAGCUGAGCCAUGCCUACUCCCAGAACUCCCUGCAUCGCAGUGUCAGCCAGCUAAUCGACACUCAAGAUAAGAAAUCAUGGGACGCAGACCUGCAUGCCACUGACAGCGGAAUGUAUGUGGGGGAUGAGGACUUUGGAGAGACCAUUAAAAGCUACAGCUCAGUUAAGAAAGAGCAAACCAUGUUUACAGACACUCACUUGUGAAGUUUUCACAC